CGACAACUGCCAUGUCCGACGAAGCCCUGACGGCCGCCCUCGACCUGAUCCGCCGACUCCCGCCUCAAGCGGUCGACCAGCACCUCGACCACCUGUGCCAGCUCCAGCCUGACUUGGCAGACGACCUCCUGUCGAGCGUCGACCAGCCCUUGCAGCUCCGCAACGACUCGUCCUCGCGAGACUACCUCGCCUGCGACUACAAUCGCGACGGCGACUCGUACCGCUCGCCCUGGACCAACGAGUACGACCCGCCCCUCGCAGACGGCACCACCCCCUCGGGCCCGCUCCGCCAGCUCGAACUCGCCCUCAACGACGCCUUUGACGUGUACCGCGACCUGUACUACGAAGGCGGCGUGUCGAGCGUCUACCUGUGGGACACGGACGAGGGCUUUGCAGGCGUCGUCCUCGUCAAGAAGUCGUCUGAUGCCGGCGACUCGACCUCGUCCUGGGACUCGGUGCACGUCUUCGAGUCGUCGGUCGGCCUCCCGUCGUCGUCCAGCUCGUCGUCGUCGUCGUCGCGCACCUCGGCCCACUACAAGCUCACGUCGACCGUCAUGCUGUACCUCUCCAAGCCGCUUGUCCCGGCCCCAGACGCCGGUGACAGGAAGGAGGAGGGCGAGGUGGCGCUCGGUGGGAGCAUGACGAGGCAGCACGAGGUCUCGGCCGCGCUCGACCCGACAUCGAGCGCGACGCUCGCCCAGUCGCACAUCGGCAACCUCGGUCGACUCGUCGAGGACAUGGAGGCCAAGAUGCGCAACCUGCUCGGCGAGGUCUACUUUUCCAAGACGAGCGACAUUCUCGGCGCGCUCCGGAGCCAGCAAGGGCUCGACGAGCGCAGCAAGCACCGUGCGCUCCAGGGCGAGCUCGUCGGGUUGCUCAACCGCCGCAAGCCUGUCGCGGCGUAGCCUCUCGAUGCCUCUUCCUUCCUUUGUCUGUAUUUCCCCAUGCCGUGCACAGCAGUCGUCCUACUC